AUGAUAAAAAAAACAAAAGAAUCUUCAAAAUUAUUAUCUCCUUCAAAUGCAACAAGAUCGAAAAGCAUACCAAGACCUCAAAAUCCAUGGGUUCUAUAUCGAAAAAAUAUUUCAAAGGGAUUAAUAGGAUUAAAUAUGUCAACUGGUGAAAUUUCCGGUAUUGCAUCUAAUUUUUGGAAUGAAAUACCUGAACGUGAAUCGCAAUUUUGGACUGAAUUGUCUCAUAUCACUAAGGAAAUUCAUUCAAUAGAAUAUCCUAAUUAUAAAUAUUCUCCUGUUAAAUCUCAUAAUCAAAAUAAAAGUUCAAAAGAAGUCAUUUCGCAAAAUACUAAUUUAGAUACUUCGGUGUUGAAAGAUUCUUCAGAAAUUGUGUCACAUACUACUUCGGAAAUUGAUAUAGAUAUGUCGGAAGUUGAUAUCGAUAUGAUCAAUCCUUGA